AUGGCCCCCCCCGAACAACACCGCCCGCCCCGGCGCCCCCUCGCCGCCUGCCUCCUGGCCCUCGCCCUCGCCCUCGUUGCCGCUUCGCCAGCCGCCGCCCACAGCUUCCCCUACGUCCCGACCCAGCUGCUGACUCCGACGGCCUGCUUCAACGACUCCGCCUGCCGCGGCCGAGACGUCGCCUACGUCUUCGCCCAGACCGAGGACCAUGUGCAGCUUCUCGCCUUCAACCUCUCCGUCGACCUCUCCCCCUCGACCCGUCCCCAAACCGUCACCGCUGAGCUGCCCUUUCUCAACCAUGCCGGCCCCACGACGGCUUUUGGCGCCGUCAGGACCGGAAACGGCACCAUCAUGGUUCACGCCGGCGCCUGCGACGGAGAUGCCGCCGACGUCUGGAGCUUCGACCCUGGCAACCGUGGUGCUGGAUGGAUCAAGAGACCGAUGACCAAGGCCAAGUCCACGCCCGGCUCUGAGCCGCCCCAGAGUCCCUUCUUCCUCGGGGGCACCCUUGCCUUUUCCUCAAGGCUGGCCCCGUCCAUGGACCAGCCCACCAUCUACACCUAUGGUGGCAUGUGCGCCUCGCCCCAGGCGGAGCCCAACAACUGGCAGUCGGCCGCAAACUAUUCCAAGACUAUGACCAGCCUCGCCCCCGACUCCCAGCAGCCCGACGCGGGUUACGCCCUCGGCGUCGCCUCCGUCGCCGGGCCCCGCGCCCCCUUUGCCGGCUUCACCCUCACCCAGCUGCCGCCCUCCAUGACAAACAUCUCGGGCUCCCUCACCCAGCAGGCCAGCUUCGUCUUCCUCGGCGGCCACACCCAAAAUGCCUACAUCAACAUGAGCACCGCCGCUGUCUGGAGCCUCCCCGAAGAAUCGUGGUCCUACGUCAACAUUCAGCCUCCCGCCCCUGCCCCUGGACGCGAGCUCGCCAUCCGCCAGGUGCCGUCCGACGUGGACAGCCGGUCUGGACACACGACCGUGCUGAGCGAAGACGGCAAGUCCAUGGCCGUCCUGGGCGGCUGGGUCGGCGAUGUCAGCACCGCCGCCGAGCCCCAGCUGGCCGUGCUGGAGAUGAACCAGACGUACAGCUCGUGGCGCUGGACCGUUCCCGCCCAGCAGCCCGACGGUACUGGAAUCUACGGCCACGGCGCCGCGAUGCUGCCCGGCAACGUCAUGAUGGUCUACGGCGGGUGGGAGACGCGGCCGCCCAGCUCCAAGGCCAAGCGCCAGGACGCCGCCGCCUCCCCUCGCUUCUUCAACCUGACGUCCAUGGCCUGGGUCUCGUCGUACCGCAACCCCAGGGCGGACUCCCUUGCGCACGAAGCCCCCGACGCGGCAGGGAGCGCUCCCACCGCCAGACGCCUGGGUCUUGGCAUCGGGCUCGGCCUGGGCGUGGCCGUCGUGCUCGGCUUCGUCGUGCUGCUCUGUAUGUGGCGGAGGCGGCAGAGGCGGCAGAAGGCGGUGCGCGACGCGGCGAUUCGGGCCAUGGCCGAGGACGCCACACACUUCCUCCACGACGGCGGCGACAUGGCCGAGCGCGACGACUACUUUUCCUGGGGCCGGCGCGACUGGCGGGCCAGCGGGCCGGAUCCGCACCAGCAGCAUUCGGGACAGUCGGCUCUGGCCUACGAAAGUCUGAGGGGCGACGGCCAGGGACCGCACCCGGCCCCGGCCGUCAUCACGAGGAAGCCGGUGCCCAGGGGCCAGCGCGCGGGUUACGUGCCCGCUGAGAGUCGCUUCAGCGCCUUUGUCUCGCCGCCCGGUGUCAUUCAUCCGAUUCUCGAAGACGACGAAGAGGAGAGCAGCCUACACCACUACCACCAUGAGGAUCCACACCACCUCCCCAGUCAACACCAACAGCGGCCGGCAAACGAACCCCUGGCGUCGCCCGCGUCGGACAUCCUCUCGGACCCGUUUGUGACACCGACGGCCACGGCCCCGCCCAUCAUCUUUCCGCCGAGCUUGAUGUCGCCGGCGGCGGGCCGAGCGGGGAGCCCAGAGGAAGCGCCCCGCCACGACCCGGACGUGCAAGACUGGGUGUCGGACGUGGACGCCAACGACGGGUUGCUGGCGCGCUACGGAGGCCACCAUCGCCAGGGCCGCAUCUCGCCCACGCGGCGCAACUCGAACCGCUCCGUCGGGGUCUGGGACGACGAGUCGCGCACCGGGUCUAACCUGUCAGAGUCGAACCGCAGCGUCGCCGCCGACAGUAUACGGAGAACGAUGUCUGGCAGGAGAUCUGCCGCAGCCGCCGGUUUCCUUGCCACUCCGGCCCUCUUCGCGGGAGGUGGCGGCAACAGCACGGACCAGCGGAAGCCGGGGAGCUCCUCGUCGAGCAGCUACAAUACGGCACGGUCCGGCUUCGGCGCCCUGCAGGCCGAGGCGCCCUCUCUGCUCCUGGGCAACGGCGCGGGCGGACGAACAACGCCGAGCAGCCCGACGGGCUACGACGACGACGAGCCAGGUUCCCCGUCCAAGUCGAAGCCCCCGCCGUCGCCGAGGCGUGGCUGGCUCGGGUCGCUGCGGCGCGUCUUUUCGACGUCGAGCAGCUCCUCGCCCGCGUCGACGAGAGCGGCGGGAUUGGUGCACGACGAUGAGCCAUCGCCGCGGCGGCCGUCGUUUGAGCGCACGGGGUCCGACUAUGAAUCGCGCCUCGUCGGGCUGAGCGGCGAGCUGCUGCGGCGCAAGCAGGGUCGGCAGGACUGGGAAGCCCAGGGCGGCGGCAGUGGCGCCGCGGCGCAGCAGCACCAGCCGGAGAAUGACUGGGACAUUGAGCGCGCGGCGGAGCAGCGUCUGGUGCAGGUCAUGUUCACGGUGCCUAGGGAGCGCCUGCGCGUGGUCAAUGCCGACGAUGCCGCCGAUGGGCAGCAGCAGCAGACCGACGAGGGAGGCAGCGUGCCGGGUUCUGCCUUGCAGCAGCACCAGCCGCAGGUGGCUGAGCUCGUGGACCCGGACCCGUCGAGUCAGGAGUCUGGGUCAUCGCUUGACCCGUCGCCGGACCAACCCCGGGGCCGUGAUCAGCGGAGACACGAGGACGUGGACGUUGAGCCGCUGCUACUGCCGCCGCCCUCGCACCACCACCGCCGCCAUCGCAGCCAUCAGACCGACGAGCCGCGCCUGUCGCACUCAACGGACGGGUCGGUCAGGCCGCUGUCGGGGUCCGUCUACACGGCCGAGGCGGUGACGCUUGCGCGGCCACGGACGCGCGUGCUGCAGAUGGUGGACUCGAUUGAGAGCCUCAGCCGGGGAAGCAGUCCGGUGCGCGGCGGGGGAGACGAGGAGCAGCAGGAGCCCUAG